GGGCGGCUAGGGUGACAGCCGCGGUGGCAGAGGCUGCGGCGCCGGACUUGAGCAAGCGACGAGCGCGGAGCGGGUAAGAGGAGGAAGUGGAGCGUCGGCGAGGAGCUCCAGAGUCCGCCGCCGGGCUAGGUCCGCCCAGAUUUGCAGAGCGAGCCGUGUCGGGACCUGGGCAGACUUUGCCGUGCUCCGGCCGCUGGCGCCCAGCCUGUCCUGCCCUGCCCUGCUGGUCCGAGCUCGGUGUUCCGCGCCUGGACUUUCCCAGCCUGGUGGUCCGCAGCUGCUUGACCCGGAGUUCCGAGGCGGGACGCGCCCAGCCCCAUCAUACCGACCCAUCUCCGCCCGUGUGCCCUCCGCCCCCGGGUCGGUGCAAGGUGGCCCCAGCUCCCGGACCUGAGUGUAAAGGAGCCGGGACGCCCACCGGCCUCCGGCUCCUGGAGAACCAAACCUUCAGCUGCCUUGGACCCGACUGUUCCGGACUUGAAACUGUACUGGCGCCGCCAGGGUCCAGCGCACCGUAAGGGGUCCCAAGCAGGCAGGACAGUCAGACUGAACCCCCUGGGCUGGUGCUACGAGCCGAAGCUUCCACCUUCCUCCGCCCUAGGCUAAGGACUUGGGGGUGCUUGCACCAAAGAGAACACAGGGUCUUCUUCUGCCCCAGUCUCCAGCGAGCCGAGGUUGCAGCUCUGCGAUUGAAGUGACAUCACCAUCUUUGUGGACAGGACACCCCUGGAGCGCAGCCCAUAGCCACCGGACCUUCUUCCAGUACCAGCCAGGGGUCUCCAUGGGCGCUUGAGGGCCGGGCGCCAGGACUGUGGGCACGAGCAUGGUGAGACACCAGCCCCUGCAGUACUACGAGCCCCAACUGUGCCUCUCAUGCCUCACGGGCAUCUACGGCUGCCGCUGGAAGCGUUACCAACGCUCGCACGAUGACACCACACCGUGGGAACGCCUGUGGUUCUUGCUCCUGGCUUGCACCUUCAGCCUCACGCUCACCUGGCUCUACUUCUGGUGGGAAGUUCACAACGACUACGAUGAGUUCAACUGGUACCUCUACAACCGCAUGGGCUACUGGAGCGACUGGUCUGUGCCCAUCCUCGUGACCACAGCUGCUGCCUUCACAUACAUCGCAGGCCUCCUGGUCCUGGCACUAUGUCACAUUGCUGUGGGGCAGCAGAUGAACCUGUACUGGCUGCACAAGAUGGUGCUGGUGGUCAUCCUGGCCUCCACGGUGGUGGCCAUGUCAGCAGUGGCCCAGCUGUGGGAAGAUGAAUGGGAGGUGCUGCUGAUCUCCCUGCAGGGCACAGCACCAUUCCUGCACAUAGGGGCCCUGGUGGCCAUCACUGCACUCUCCUGGAUCGUAGCAGGACAGUUCGCCCGGGCAGAGCGCUCCUCCUCUCAGGUCACCGUUCUUUGCUCCUUCUUUGCUGUGGUCUUCAGCCUCUACCUGAUCCCUCUCACCAUCUCUUCUCCCUGCAUCAUGGAGAAAAAGGACCUGGGCCCUAAGCCUGCCCUCAUUGGCCACCGAGGAGCCCCCAUGCUGGCUCCAGAACACACCCUGAUGUCCUUCCGGAAGGCCCUGGAGCAGAAGCUGUAUGGGUUGCAAGCUGACGUCAGCAUCAGCCUGGACGGCGUGCCCUUUCUCAUGCAUGACACCACCCUGAGGCGGACCACCAAUGUGGAGCAGAUGUUUCCAGAGCUCGCCCGCAGGCCUGCGGCCAUGCUCAACUGGACUGUCCUGCAGAGGCUCAACGCUGGCCAGUGGUUCCUCAAGACUGACCCCUUCUGGACAGCCAGCUCCCUGUCACCCUCAGAUGUCAGGGAGGUCCAGAACCAGUCCAUCUGCAGCCUGGCAGAGCUCCUGGAGCUAGCCAAAGGUAAUGCCACACUGCUGCUCAACCUUCGAGACCCGCCCCGUGAUCAUCCUUACCGUGGCAGCUUCCUCAACGUCACGCUGGAGGCCCUGCUGCAUUCAGGCUUCCCACAGCACCAGGUCAUGUGGCUGCCUAACAGGCAGAGGCCUCUAGUACGGAAGAUGGCUCCUGGCUUCCAGCAAACAUCUGGAUCUAAAGAAGCCAUUGCCAGCCUACGGAGAGGUCACAUCCAGAAGCUGAACCUUCGCUACACUCAGGUGUCUCACCAGGAGCUCAGGGACUAUGCAUCCUGGAACCUGAGUGUAAACCUCUACACUGUCAAUGCACCCUGGCUCUUCUCGCUGCUGUGGUGUGCCGGGGUUCCAUCUGUCACUUCUGACAACUCCCAUACCCUUUCUCGGGUGCCUUCUCCACUCUGGAUCAUGCCCCCAGACGAGUACUGCCUCAUGUGGGUCACUGCCGACCUGAUCUCCUUCAGCCUCAUCAUCGGCAUCUUCGUGCUCCAGAACUAUCACUUGAUCAGGUGGCGUCUGGGUGGCAUCCGGAGCUACAACCCAGAGCAGAUCAUGCUGAGUGCCGCCGUACGCCGGACCAGCCGGGACGUCAGCAUCAUGAAAGAGAAGCUCAUCUUCUCAGAGAUCAGUGAUGGUGUGGAGGUCUCUGACGAGCUCUCCGUGUGUUCAGACAGCAGUUACGACACCUAUGCCAACAGCACAGCCACUCCCGUGGGCCCUCGAGGUGGUGGCAGCCGUGCCAAGACCCUCACAGACCGGGGUGGGCAUUAGCUGAAGAUCUGUCUGCCCAACUUGUACCGAAGGUAGAAUCCUGAAGAGCAGAGCUGGCAGAAACCGCACCUGGAGCGCCCUGGGGGCUGGUUCCGCAGCCUGCUUGGAUGCUCCCAGCUCCCCGGUCAGUUCCAGCCUCUCUUGCGGGUGGCGCCCUCUCCACUGAGGCUCAGCUGGGCCAGGACUCUAGCCUCUCAGAUGCCCCUGCAGGCCUGGGGCUUUUCAUCCAGGAAGGGAGGGCCUGGUCUCCUGGUUCACGCUCAAGGCCAUCCUUAGCCUCCCAGCCUGGAAGGCUGGUGAGUCACUGAGCUGGGCCACGUGCCCCCUGGAAGUGGAGAACGUGGAUGCUUCCCUGCGCCCCACUCCUGUCUAUUUCUGUCUGUGCUGUGAGAUGACUGUUCUCAUCCUGCCUUGAGGACAUUGGCUGGGCCUCACCCCUGCUGGGCCUCACCCCUGCUGGCAGCUCCACUUUCUGCUCCCAUCUCAAAGCACAAGGAAGUUCAUCUCAGGAGGAAAACCAGUGGCUAUGGUGGAGACGCGUCCCUCCCAACCAGCUUCCCUCCACCACUGUCGCUGAGAACAAGCUAAAGAUGGCCAGAAUCACAGGCUGCGGCUGUUCUGCCUCACACCCAACUGUCCAACAGGGCUCUGGGCAGAAGUAGCCUUGAAGACCAGAUAAUCAACAGACUGAUAUGACCUUGGGUUCCCACAGCCUGGCCACAGGGCUGUGGGCUACCUGGGCAAAGUGCUCUGGGCUCCGUCAAGCACGGGUGUCUGGCCAAAGAUGCCUGCAGGAAAGGGACCCUAAGGGCUAGGACAAUUAAAGCUGCCAUCUCAA